AUGAUGACCCCACUAACUCGAACGCAGCUCGGCGUGUUUCUCAUCCUCCUUUGUCCGGUCAACAUAAUCGGGUUGUGGUGGGUGGUGGGAAGCCCUUCGGUCAUGGACCCCAACAGCAUCUGCAGGAAGGCAAAGCGGCUAGCCGUCAAGCAGGCCGAGUUGUGCCAGAGCCAGCCUGAGAUCAUCAGUGAGGUCAUCAAGGGCACUAAGUUAGGCUUGCGGGAAUGUAAGCAUCAGUUCCGCUUCCGUCGCUGGAACUGCACCAGUCACAGCAAGCACUUUGGAAAUGUUCUGCAACAAGAUAUCCGAGAGUCUGCGUUCGUGUACGCCAUCACGGCAGCGGGCGUGACGCACGCAGUGACCCAGGCCUGCAGCAUGGGCAGUCUGCUGCAGUGCGGCUGUGAAACCACGAUGAGCUGGGCGCCUCCGAGGCCCGCUACCGGCGCCGGCACCGAUGCCGUCAAAUGGGAGUGGGGUGGCUGUGGGGACGAUGUGGACUUCGGCUAUGAGAUGUCCAAGAAGAUCAUGGACGGCAGGCAGAAAAGGGGGAAGAGCGACAUCAGAACCUUAAUGGAUCUCCAUAACAACGAAGCAGGAAGACUGGCAGUGAAGAAUUAUAUGAGAGCAGAGUGUAAAUGCCACGGGCUCUCUGGCUCCUGCACACUGAGGACCUGCUGGAGGAAGAUGCCUCACUUUCGUGAGGUGGGAAACCGACUGCUUGAAAGGUUCAACGGGGCCUUCAAGGUGAUGGGAGGGAACGACGGAAAAACUCUCAUCCCCGUUGGAUGGAACAUCAAGCCUCCGGACAAGCAGGACCUAAUUUAUUCGGCCGAGUCUCCAGAUUUCUGCCUGCCCAACCGCAAAACGGGGUCGGCGGGCACCCGCGGGCGGGCGUGCAACAGCACAGCCCUGGACAUGAGCGGCUGUGACCUGCUCUGCUGUGACCGCGGUUACAGGGACCAGACCGUGGUUUAUGAGGAGCACUGCCUCUGCAGGUUCCACUGGUGCUGCAUGGUGCAGUGUAAGAAAUGCGCUGUCAGGAAGGAGCUCAGUCUCUGCUUGUAG